AUGGGAGCCUUGUCUGAAGCUGAACAGCGCAAUCAACUUGGCCGAUUCCUUUUGCGCGAGGGAGCAGUAUUGGAGAAAAAUGUCCAUCCAAAGAUUAUACAUUUAUACAGAAGAGCUGCGGUCUUCUCCCUGUAUGCCACUGCUGCCUUUCAUUCUCCCUCCUCGGUUCCGGGUAGCGUGUCCGGCGACGAUCUUUGCGGGGUGGAAGCUGGGAAAGCAACGGUCGUUGCUGUCAAGCGAUGCGACCCCUACCGGCUGUCCCGCCUCUGCUGCCUCGCUCUGGUCCAACUUGUUGAUUGCCUUCCCAUGUUUCUCGAUGAAUCCUAG